AUGACCACCUACAAUUCCGGCUGUUCCUUUGAUCCUUGCUGGUAUGACUCGGAAGCUAUCCUGGUAUCUCCCACCUCAUCCCCAAACACCACUACUGACUCCGACUUACCGUCUUGUCAAAACUUGCGAAGCAUCAAAAGUCCACUGACUUCACCUUACGGAAGUGACAUGCUCAAAGAAUUCCCAGUGGGAUCAACCCGGUAUGUCGGUCGUCACCUUGUUUCACAGCUCAGCAGCAUAAAACUCCACGUAUCACAUGGGCCUUUGCGACUCCAGAAUCUUACGAGAAGUGACGAGCUGAGCCCUUCCCCAUUGACGAAAACGAAAUCUGGCUACAAAUUCUCAUUGAUGGUGACAACCUUCCUUGGAAGGGUUUAUUUGUCCCUGCACUUCUUGCGGAUGUUGCGACAACUUCGGGACCCGGCCAUGACGAUCGGCUGGAGCCUCAGCUUCCCAACAGUCGUGUCUCAGGAUUCGACAGUCAUGCGGCUCGCUCGGCUUGGCGAUUUGGAGAGUCUGAAAGAGUUGUUCAUUCUAGGCAAGGCGAGACCGUCGGACGUGUUGGAAAAUGGGAGAGGGUUGCUUCACUUUGCCGCAAAGGCCCACAACAUUGAAUUGAUCGGAUUUUUGCUCCACAAUGGAGCUGAAAUCAACGCCUUUGAUGACGACGGCGAAACACCUCUUCACGUGCAGCUUGCGUGCACGUUUGACGGUUUUAACGCUACGAAAACCUCACGGUUUCUCAUUUCGCACGGCGCUGAUGUCAUGGUGCAGUCGGUAUCUGGAGCAACACCUUCGCAUAAUUUCUACAGUCCAGCCAUCGAGUCCAUUUUGAGAUUUCAUCCUGAGUACAUCGAUAUCGAGGCAGAAGACGAACACGGUUUGACGUUCUUCCAUUACAUGGCAUGGUCUAGCAGAAGCUCCACUAAAAUCGCACGUCUCUAUGUUGAACACGGAGCUGGUGGUGCCCUACUCUCGGCCAGGGACCGCGCAGGUCGCAUCCCCCUCCACCUAGUAGCUCAAAGGGGUAAUAUUCCUCUCGUAGCGUAUAUGUUAGAGAUCAUGGUUUCCAAGAAGAUCGAACUUAUGCAAGCAGAUUUGAUGGGGAGGACCGCAAUGCAUUAUGCACUGGAAAGCAAAAGAAGUGGCGUGAUCACUCUGCUCGCGGAAAAGGGAGUGUCCAUCCAUACCGCAGAUUCACUAGGCAGAACUCCGCUGCACCACGCUGUGAUGCAACGCCAUGUGGGCUCGCUUGAGGGGCUGUUGAAGCUCGGUGCAAUACAUGAUUUGCACGCUGUAUAUGAGAAAGGCAGGACUCCUUUACAUCUUGCACAGAGAAGAAAAGAUGCCUCGGAAGUUGUUCGCCAUCUGCUGGAGUUCGGAGCUGGCCAGGAAAAGACGACUGCAGACAUGCGAGGACGCACCGAUAGGGUCUUUGAAUAUCAAUACAUCCAACGGGAAACCGAGGCCGACCAACUCGAGGCAGAAGGAAGAUACUGUUUGUCUCCCUCGUGCAGGCAGCAGAUGCAGAGUACCAAUUCAGGGUAUUGGCGUACUUCGAGACUAAAGGUAGACUUGGUAUUGAUGAUUCUAGGCAUUUUCCUCUGGAAGUGCUUGAAGGUACUUAUACCGUCACUGUCGGUGUCACGACUACACAUCGACUUCGCAAAGAAAUUAUAG